GGGCCCGCCCGCGGGAGGCCUCCUUCCCGGCAGCCGGAUCCUCCCUCUGCCGCCGCUUCCCCGCGAGGAAGCCCAUUGCAAGCCGCGCGUGCAGGGGGGGGGCGGGCAGCCUGCCCACUGGGGGCGGCGCUCGCCCCUAGGCCGGCCCAGCUCGCCCGCCUGACUCGCCGGCAGCUGCCGCCGCCGCCGCAGAGAAGGGGACGAGGCCGGGCGCGGAGCGGAGCGCAGCCGGACCGCCAUGGGGCUCAGCAAGGGCGGCCGCCGCCGCCGCCUCCUCCCUCCCCGCCUAGCCCUGGCCGGGGGGCUGCCGCUGCUGCUGGCGCUGGCCGCCGCCGUGCCGUGGAGAGAGCCGGGCCUCGCCGCCGGCAGCCCGGAGGCGGCGCUGUCGGGGGCCGGGGCGCGCUUCGGCUGGAGGAACCUCAGCUGCCCGGCCUGCAAGGCCCUCUUCGUCGCCAUCGACGUCAGCAUCCAGGUGGGGGCCAGCGUGGACCGGAUCCAGCAGCUGGCCGUGAGCGUGUGCUCCAGCCUGCACUUGGCCCCCGCAGAGGUCUGCCAGGAGAUCAUCCGCCUCUUUGAGCACGACGUGCUGACCGCCUGGACCCGCUCCAUCCUGCGGCCGGCAGAGAUCUGCGGGCUCCUGGUGGGCUCGCCCUGCGGCCACUGGGACAUCUACGCCGACUGGAACGUCUCGCUGCCGGCUACGCCCAAGCCCCCGGUGCGGCCCCCGGGGCCCCCGCCGCCCGGCGCGCCCACCGCCCGGGUCCUCUUCCUCACCGACCUGCACUGGGACCAGGACUACCGGCCGGGCAGCGACCCCGCCUGCAAGGACCCCCUGUGCUGCCGGGGGGGGCGGGCCCGGGGGCCGGGGGCCGGCUACUGGGGCACCUACGGCAAGUGUGACGUGCCCCUCCACACCCUGGAGAGCCUCCUGCAGCACCUGGCGGCCAGCGGGCCCUACGACAUGGCCUACUGGACGGGCGACAUCCCGGCCCACAACGUCUGGCAGCAGACGCGGGCGGACCAGCUGCACGCCCUCAGCACCAUCACCGGCCUCAUCCAGAAGUACUUGGGGCCUCUGCCGGUCUACCCUGCCGUGGGCAACCACGAGUCCGUGCCCGUGAACGCCUUCCCCCCGCCCUACGUCCCUGGGAACCAGUCCUCGGCCUGGCUCUACAGCGCCAUGGCCCAAGCGUGGCACCGGUGGCUGCCCCCUGCCGCCCUGGAGACCCUGAGGCUGGGCGGCUUCUACACUCUCCGGGUCCUGCCGGGCCUCCGCCUCGUCUCCCUGAACAUGAACUUCUGCUCCGAGACCAACUUCUGGCUCCUCAUCAACUCCACAGACCCGGCUGGGCAGCUGCAGUGGUUGGUCAGCGUCUUGCAGAAGGCCGAGGAGAGCGGCGAGAAGGUCCACAUCAUCGGCCACAUCCCCCCCUCCCACUGCAUGCGCGCCUGGGGCUGGAACUACUACCGCGUCAUCAACAGGUUCGAGGGCACGGUGGCCGGCCAGUUCUUUGGCCACACCCACCUGGAUGAGUUUGAGAUGUUCUAUGACGAGGAGACCCUGACCCGCCCCGUGGGCGUCGCCUUCGUGGCCCCCAGCGUCACCACCUUUGUCAACCUCAACCCAGGGUACCGCGUCUACCACCUGGACGGCGUCCGCCCCGGCAGCUCCUACCUGGUGCUGGACCACGAGACGUUCAUCCUGAACCUGACGGAGGCCAACAGGCCGGCCGCAGUGCCCCGCUGGGAGCGCCUCUAUGGGGCCCGGGAGACCUACGGCUUCCCCACGGCCUUCCCCGCCGACUGGGACGGGCUGCUGCGGCGCUUCCAGGGGGACGAGCGCCUCUUCCAGCGCUUCUGGUUCCUGCUGUACAAGGGCAGCCCGCCCCGCCAGCCCUGCCUCCAGGCCUGCAAGGCGCUGCUGCUGUGUGCCCUCCGCACGGGCCGCGCGGGCGACCCCAAGCUCUGCCAGGCCCUGCCGGCCUGGGCCCGGCUGCCCUUCUCGGAGGUCCAGGCCUGGCGGCGCCGGCGUCAGCUCUGCUGAGGGAGGGCAGCGCUCCAGCGGGGGGCUGGCGGGGGGCCCGGCCCCACGGCCCCUCCGCCGAGCAGGGAGAGCUGUGCGCGGCUGCCUCUGGGGCCAGCCGCGGCCUGGACGGAAGAGCCUGGUCCCGGGCAGCGGCCUCCCUUGCGGAGGAACAGGCCCAGACUGCCAGCAGUGGCCGCCGUGCUGCGCGCAAGAGGAGGCUGGGCUGGACGGGCCUCCCUGGGCCUGACCCGGCAGCAGGGCCGUGCCCAGGUUCUCUGCCUCCGAGGGGGGAAGGCCGACCCCAGGACGGACGCUGGUCGGGCGAGCAAUGAGCUGGGGGCUGCUGCCUGCUCAGGGCCCCACGUGAAAGCAGGAGCCUGCCUCGGGCUGGGGACCGUGACCCACACGCCGGGCUGCCUGCUGUUGCCGCCAGAGCCCUCUCUGCUGCCCCCUACCAGCCUUUGGGGAGGGGAGGCCCUGGCAGGCGGCCUGCGUGUGUGGAUGGCCCAGUCUUCUUGCAGCAGGGAGGAGGUUCUUUGUGCUGAUAUCUUCUUCCCCCCCCACUCCAAAUAAAUGGCUUCUCCUCC